AUAUAUGGAGAGUAUAUAUCUGAAAGACUCAGUGACUCACACAGCUUUUUCCAUUGUUCCACUGCUCUGCUUGAAACAUCCAUCUACACUGCAAAUAACUCUGUGAAUGCCUUAUCCCUUCACUGUGAGUUCAGGUCACUGAGUGACAUGCAGGAUCUAUCUCCAGUCUCUCACGGUUGAUAACUAUUUUACAUUGUAUUGUCCACAUCCAUAACUAUGUGUGUCCUCAGCUCUCCAUGUCUGAAAGUGUUACUGGCUCAGGUAGAAAUACAGUCUUCAUGGGAUCCUCAGCACCUGCUUAUAUCUUUGCGUUCUCUGCCCAGCCAUGUCCACCGUUGCUGUGCUCAGGUAAACACCGGUGCACAGUAAUGAUCCACAUCCACAUAUGACUGAAAUCCCCAAGAGGUUUAAUUUACAGCCUGCACUUACCUCUUUGUUGCUGGGGGUCAGUGUCAGCAGAGCUCAGGUUUGGAGCAACCAGGAGGUAUGCCCACACUUUCCUUCCUCACAGUGAGAGCUGCAGGUUAGAUGCAGCUAAGAUGAGCUUUCUGGAAAUACAGGAUAUACACAAAUUCCAGAGUACUGGAUUCUGUAGCAUUCCCACGAGAGUUACUUUGCAAAACAUAUUACAGUCAUUUAAUACGUGCAACUAUUAUUUCUUUUUUGUAAUAGUACAGUUACCCUCCUGAGACCUAUCCUCAAUAUAACAGAGUUGUCCUGUAAAAGGGAUAUUUUAACUUCAGCAAGUUCUUACUCUUGAAAAAUUAAUCUGGAACCUUGAAGGAGUCAGGGCACUUUUGCUUCCCAUGAAUUCCAAGAUCACAGUGCAGCCUGUUUGACAGGGCAUUCAUACUUGAAUUGAUCCAGGUAACUUUUCUUGGACUUCUGUACUGGCUUCCCAACUCAUUGUUUGUUUAAUAUAUUUUUGGCUAUUAAAGUAGGUCUGCAGCAGCAGUGCUUUGUGUGUGUGAGAUACCAAGAUAUUUCUGAAACAUGAAAGGAGGGAAUGGGAAAUAAAAUACUUGGUUUUAUUCAUGGAAGUUGUUUGGUAACCAGUGCUCUAAUCUGCUACAGCUGCUAGUAGUCUGCAAGGCAAUUCAUAACGGCUGCAUGAAAAAAUCUGCUUGCUGGCAGCUAGGGGUUGUGCAGGUUCAAAAAUCCAAUGCCGAACUUCUUAACUGCUGUUCCACUUCACUUUCCAAUAAAGCUUUUCUUCGGGCUUGACUGGCCACACGGUGGCAAUAACUUGCAAACAAAGCGCCGGAGCUGCCUGAGAGCGAUGCGAAACUCUCCCUCCCGGAGCUCUUCUCGGCUCUCUUCACCUCCUCUUUUGUUUCAGUAUUUAAUUGCAUGUAUUUCAGAAUUACUAGGCAACCCACCCCCAGAUGUGUAAUUGAAAGGUGAUGUGCUUGCAAUGAGGUUUUCAGGAUCUGCUCAGCAGAGCCCCAUCAUGUGAUCCUGGGAUGAGGUGGAGUUCGGCUUUAAGGGGGAGUCUCCAGCCUUCCCCACCAAUCUUUAGCAUCUCAGCUGGAGGAAAACCGGUGGAUUCUUCCCCUUCUCUGAUUCCUUCUCCCUUCAGCCCCCGAGAAGAUCGCGGAUAGGCGGAGCAGUUGCAAGCCCUUGCUCUCUCUUUGGAUAUCAGGCCAUGACUGCCAGUCUCCCAUAGGGCCUUCCCCUUUGUUCUGGUCAGCAAUUCCUGGUCCUGAAGUCCAGUGGUGCCAGGGGACUGGUGCUGAAGGUCUUGCCAGGCAGAUGUGGCAUCGAGGAGCGGGCUCUGCGGAGGAGCUCCCUGUGGGCUGACUGACAUACGUUGAUGGUCAGGAGUGGCUUGGAUGAGACCUGUGGCAGCUGGGAAUAUUAAACAGCAAGCUGGAAAAAAACAUGAAUGCUUCGGUUCUUGAUCCUCUGGGAAAUAAUUCCAGUCACCUGAACUUUUCGGAGAACUCUCAGAUCUUGCAGUUUGAAGAUGAGGACUGCCAUGUGCCUUUGGCCAUGGUCUUCACCUUGGCCUUGGCUUAUGGGACUGUGAUAAUUCUGGGAGUCUCUGGGAAUCUGGCCCUGAUUGUCAUCAUUUUGAAACAAAAGGAAAUGCGCAAUGUUACGAACAUCCUCAUUGUCAACCUUUCCUUUUCUGACCUCCUAGUGACCAUCAUGUGUCUUCCCUUUACCUUUGUGUAUACUUUAAUGGACCACUGGAUUUUUGGAGAGGCCAUGUGCAAAUUGAACCCUUUCGUGCAAUGUGCCUCGAUCACAGUCUCGGUCUUUUCUUUAGUUCUUAUUGCUAUUGAACGCCAUCAGCUGAUCAUCAACCCCCGUGGCUGGAGGCCAAACAACAGGCAUGCCUACAUGGGGAUAGCUGCCAUAUGGGUUUUGGCCAUAGCUUCCUCCUUGCCUUUCCUGAUCUACCAUGUGUUAACAGAUGAACCCUUCAGAAACAUAGCAUUUGAUGAAUAUAAGGACAAAUAUGUGUGCUUGGACCUCUUCCCCUUGGACACUGCCCGGCUUUCUUAUACCACCACUCUUUUGGUGAUUCAGUACUUUGGACCACUUUGUUUCAUAUUUAUUUGCUACUUAAAGAUAUACUUUCGCUUGAAAAAAAGGAGCAACAUGAUGGACAAGAUAAGAGACAGUAAGUACAGAUCCUCUGAAACCAAAAGGAUCAACAUCAUGCUGAUCUCGAUAGUGGUUGCCUUUGCAGUUUGCUGGCUUCCUCUCACCAUUUUCAAUAUCGUGUUUGAUUGGAACCAUGAAAUUCUGCCCGCUGCUACCUGCAGCCACAAUCUGCUGUUCCUGAUCUGCCACCUCACUGCCAUGAUCUCCACCUGUGUGAACCCUAUUUUCUACGGGUUUCUCAACAAGAACUUCCAGAGGGACCUGCAGUUUUUAUUUCACUUCUGCCACUUCCGCUCCCGUGAGGAAGAUUAUGAGACUAUAGCCAUGUCCACCAUGCACACAGAUGUCUCAAAAACCUCUCUAAAGCAGGCAAGCCCAGUUGCAUUUAAAAAAAUAAAUAGUGAUGAUGAUGACAAAAUAUAAAGAUGUUAUAAUAAUUCUACACCAAACCUUUGAAAUUUGCCCGCUGGUUAAAUGUGCCCAAGGACAAGCACAAUUAUGUAACAAGUACUAAAUGGGUAAUGCUUUUCUUCUUUUUACAAGGAACUUUGAUUGUUGUCACUUUGAAAUUUUAUGCUGUGCAUUUCUGCCCCUUAUGCUGCUUUAAUGUUCACAGCAGUUAUAUCCGAAUCUUAUUAUAGAAAGUAGCUCAACUUGCUACUACCUAUGGUUUUCAUCAACUUUCUCUUGUUCUGUUUCUUUGUACAGUUAUGUACUUUAGCACAAAGGUACGUUUAUAGAUUUUUUUUUUAGACUUUUUUAUUUAUUUAUUUUAUUUAUUACUGUUUAUUUCCCCAAAUAAGUAGUUCUCAGGAUUGUCCAUAUAAGAGCAUUAGAAGUGAUACGAACUGCAGGGAGACUGUCACUACGAAGGACUCCCAUCCUAGCAUAAAAUUAGGAUGUUCUGACUUGCAGAGUUGUUCCGUUGUUUGUUUGUUUUGUUGUUUCUAAUCUGUCUUUUGAUCAGUGUUAAAAUCCUGUGAAAGUAGUGGAGGAGUGCACAAAAUGAUUCUGAGAAACCUUAGAUCACGUUAAAUGGGGACGUGCCUUUGUCUCAUUCAGAGGCAAUUCAGACUGUAAUCACUUCGGUUCAAAGGGAGGAUUAGGAGAGAAAUUCUGUUGUCAUUUACAAGAGGAGUAAUUCCACAGAGCACAAUGGGAUAACUCUGAUUUUAACCACAGCAAAUGAAAGCACAAACGGGCCUUUAAUCCCAAAUGAUUAUAGCUGAUUUUAGUAAUACAGGCUUUUUUAAAUUAAAAAACACAAACCCCAUUUUCAUCUGCUAUCACUGGAAGACUGAGAUGAAAUCUGCUGUUGGUCCCAAGCAUAUGAACCAUGUAAAUUCUUCUUAUGUCCUAUGUAUGAAUGUCAAGAAUCUGAAGGGAGGUGGCAAUGUUUGCUUUCUGUACCAGGUGUGAUUCCACCCCUGCAGGUGAUGUUACAAAUCAGGUUUUGGGUUAAAAAAAACCUUCCAAAAUAGCUGUAGCUACAUGAAUUGUUUUGUGAUAAUUAGUGCUGAUCUAUAUAAAUGAUGUAUUGCCUCAUUAUAUUCUGUAUUCAGAUGCAAUGAUAUAAACCUGGAUUAUCUCCAAGGUGAUGGGUGUCUUGAGAUCUGCAAAACUUAAAAGAAGGAUAUAGUGUUGCAGUUGGUACAUUUUCCUUCCAAACUCAUAGUUCCUACAGUUGACUGAAGUGUGAGAAUAUUUGCCAAAUAUACACAAUAGAGCUCUGUGUGUUACUGCUUAAAAUAUAUGUCCUCUAAUUACACAAAAUAUACGUGACUAGAUCCCCAGCUGAGGGAAGCCUGCAUAUCUUGGCUGUUGUAAUGAAACGAUAACAAUAUCAGCCAGCUGAGGCUCUACAUCAUACAGUGUACUUUGCUAUACAAUCAAUGCCUUUCUGAGUAAUCAGCUUUUUAAAAAUACAAUAUAGUCUUUAUUUAGCAAUAUCGCUUUAUACCCUUCUGACAGAGAAGAGUGUAUUUAAAAUAGGUGUAAAUGUAGCAUCAGUGGGAACCAAAUCUGAUAUCUUUCUGAACAAAAAGAUCUCAGGAUGUGAUGGUGAAUUUAAUACUCUCUAAAUCUGAUAUGGAUAACUGUCUAAGAAAGGAAAAUUAUUAAGUUUGCCAGUAUUUAAAAGUCAAGAACUGUGCCUUGUACAGUCUUAAAAACAGUGUAGAAUAUUAAAGUAGCAAUGUGUUCUUGUGCAUUAUAAUUCCAUGUAUUUCUUUACUGAUAGAAAAUUUAAUUGAAAAGGAAGUUUCUGUACUUGAAAACAGAGAGAGAAUGUAAAAUGAAUUAUAUGACAGAGCUUUCUUUCAGAGCCUUGUCUUUUUGUAUUUUAUGGGAUUUCCCUCUUCUGGUGGCUCUGUAUGGAGUGUGUUGUUAAUAUGACAAGAGUCUCCUGAAAUUAUUCCCCUGUCUCUUCACAGUAAUUUUGCUAUACCAAAGGAUUUGUAUUUCCACAGAGAUGCAUUGUAGAAACCCAGAUUUGUUCUUCUGUUAAGAAUGACACACUACAGUUUCCCCACAAGAGAGAGAGAAAAAAAACAAAACCAUAAUGCAUUUUGAUUAUUAUUGUUCCUGUUUAAAAGAAAUAGAAAAAUCAUCACUUUCUUCAGAUCCAGUGGGAGAAGAAAAUAAAAUCAUUUGGGAAGUUU